UAUAGUUGUAAAGCAUUUCCCUGAAUCUUUGAGCAUUGCAAAAAUGGAAAGAAGAGUUGCAAUUAUUGGGGCAGGAACCAGUGGCCUUGUGGCGUGCAAAUACCUUCUAGAGUUUGGAUUUCACCCAACUGUGUUCGAAGCUGACGAUGGCGUCGGAGGGCUAUGGAGGCACACUAUGGACUCCACCAAGCUCCAGAGCAAUAAGCAAGCAUACCAGUUCAUGGAUUUUCCAUGGCCUUCUUCGGUAAAAGAAGAUAAUCCAAAUCACAACCAAAUGGUAGAUUAUCUUAACUCCUAUGCUCAACAUUUUUCCCUCAUUCCUCACAUCAGAUUCAACUCCAAAGUCAUUCAUAUAGAUUAUGUUGGUGGAGAAUCUGCUGAACAAAUGAAGUCAUGGGAACUGUGGGGUGGUAAUGGCACACCCUUUGCCUCCAAGGGAACUUGGCAUAUUUCUGUGCAACAUACCAAGAAUUUAUCCCUAGAGGUACACAAGGCUGAGUUUGUUGUUCUUUGCAUUGGAAAAUACAGUGGUCUUCCAAACAUUCCUGAAUACCCACAGGGACAAGGACCAGAAGUUUUCAAUGGCAAAGUUAUGCACUCCAUGGACUACUCCAAUCUGGACAAUGACACUGCUGCUGAAUUGAUCAAAGGAAAAAGAGUCACAAUAAUAGGCUCUCAAAAAUCUGCUAUGGAUCUUGCAGCUGAAUGUGCAAAUGCAAAUGGAGUCAUGCAUCCUUGCACAAUUAUCCAAAGAACUGCAUACUGGUUUUUUCCAGAUUUCAACAGUUGGGGACUCAUUGUUGGAUUCUUAUUUUUCAACCGCUUUGCAGAGCUUCUUGUUCACAAGCCAGGAGAACCCUUCCUUCUUGGCCUUCUGGCCACUUUACUUUCACCAUUGAGAUGGGGAAUUGGUAAAGUAUUAGAAAACAUUCUUAAAUGGAAGUUGCCAUUGAAGAAGUAUGGACUUGUACCUAGUCACAGCUUUCUUCAUGACCUCUCCUCAUGUCUGCUUGGAGUAUUUCCUGAUAAUUUCUUUGACAAAUUAAAUGAAGGAAGCAUUGUAAUAAAGAAUUCACAAAGCUUUAGCUUCUGCAGAGAAGGUUUAAUGAUUGCCGGAGAAGCCAAACCCUUAGAAACUGAUAUAGUCAUUUUUGCCACUGGAUUCAAAGGUGACGAGAAAAUCAAAAACAUAUUCAAAUCCCCAAUUUUUCAAAAUCACAUCCUUGAUCCAGCAACUUCCACAGUUCCUCUCUACAGACACAUGAUUCAUCCUCGGAUUCCUGAGUUGGCAAUAAUAGGAUAUGCAGAUAGUGCAUCUAAUAUUUUUGCGUCGGAAAUGAAGAGUUUAUGGGUGGCAAAUUUCUUGGAUGGAAACGUUGAAGUGCCAAGUAUAAGAGAAAUGGAGAAGGAGGUGAAACUGUGGGAAGAUAACAUGAAGCGAUAUGAAGGAACAUAUUUUUUGAAAUCAUGCUUUGCUCAUUUUAGCAUUUGGUAUCACGAUCAACUUUGCAAAGACAUGAAGCAUAAUCCCAAAAGAAAGAAUGGUUUUUUUGCAGAAUUGUUUGAACCAUAUGGUCAAGCUGAUUAUGUUGGUCUUACUCGUAAGUAAGUGAGAAUUUGAAAGGAUUGUAUGAUUUCUUUUUUUGGAUGUUGCAUCUCUUCCAUAAUCACGAUUUGUAUGACCCUUUGAUUCCUCAACUUGUACGUUAAUUUCUUUAA